AGGACAGACAAGAAUCUCCCAAUCUUCUUCAGUUACGUUCGUAUACGCACACACAGCGCUGGCUGAGCCAUACACAGCAGCGCCACCAAUCGUGUGCAACUUCUUCUGCAGGGCUUUAGUUGUUGUUACCCUUUUUUUGUUUUAGAUGCCCAUCACCGUUGUUCGUGUUGCUUAUUGUUUCUUCAGUUUCUUGCGAGUGGUUGUUUUGUGUUUGUGAAUGAAAGUGAUGCCUUUUUAAUAACUGAAUUUUGUGUGUUACCUCUUUCCCUUUCCCUGUCCCUCCCCCUGCCGUCCCGUCCCGUCUCAUCGUUCACGUUCCGUGUGCCGUCUUCUAGUGUAAGGUGUUGCUUUUUUCUUCUACAAUUAACCAAAGGGUACAGGGCGAUUGGCCCUAAAAGGUGGGUGGGUCACGCUGGUUACAGCGGCUGAAGUGGCAGAAGCAGCCCGCAUAGCCUGUCGAGUUGCCACUUUGCUGUCACAAUUUCGUUCAGGGGCGGAAUUUUAUCAGCGAUAGAUGACACACCUGGGCGUGCGGUGCGUGGCGGCGUCGGUUGCGUCGAUCGUGCUGAUGCUGAUCGGUAGCGGAACCGCCUUCAACCUCGAAACGCGCCAUUUGCUGGACAAACGGGGAUUGCCGGGGUCGUACUUUGGUUAUUCAGUCGCCGGUCACAGCCAGCGCGGUGGCAAAGCGGCCGGAAAUGGAACCAACUGGAUGCUGGUGGGCGCACCGCUCGGGCAGAAUCUGCAGCCCGGUACGAACCAUUCGGGUGCGCUGUAUAAGUGCCCGAUAACGCUCGCUUCGAACGACUGCACGCAGGUCAUCACCGAUGGUCACCGGACGGACGAUAUUGACGAUGAGGAUGGCGCGGGUGACUCAGAUAACCUUCACGAGCAGCGCCUCGAACCGCCCGGGAAAGAUGAAAUCAAGAACUACCAGUGGCUGGGUGUGACGGUCGAAACGGGUGGUCAGGAGAACAAGAUUUUCGUCUGUGCGCAUCGGUACAUUAAGAUCAACAAUCCGCUCGCGUACGCAGCGUCCGGCCCGAACGCCACUGGUCUCUAUCUCGGCCAGGGCGUUUGCUACGUGCUGAACGAGGACUUUUCGUUCGGGUUCGCGGUCGAGGUGUGCCGCGGACGGUCGAUCGAGCGGGAGCAUAUCCAGUACGCGUUCUGUCAGUCCGGCACGUCCGGUGCGGUACUGCCGGACGGCACGGCGCUGAUCGGGACGCCCGGUGCGAUGACGUGGAAGGGCACACUGUUUAACGUUGCGAUCGAGGGUGGGUUUUUGUCGCGCGACAAGUACCAAUACUUUGCACCGCACGACAACAUCCAUUCGCCCGUGCCGAACUACAGCUAUCUCGGCAUGUCCGUAACCGGGGGCCGGUUUUUCGGCGAGCAUAUGGCGUACGCGGGCGGUGCACCGCGUGCCGCCCAGGGCAACGGUGAGGUGGUCAUCUUUACGAACCGGUACAAGCGGAACCCAUUCGAGCAUGUCGUGUCGUUGCGCGGCGAACAGUUUGGGUCCGGGUACGGCAGUACGCUCGCCUCGGCGGAUAUCAACGGCGAUGGACGGCUUGACUUGCUGGUAGGAGCACCGAACUAUUUCAACCGUACAGAUGGCGGAGCCGUAUACGUAUACCUGAACCGUGGCAGUAGCUUCGAGCAGCAGUACGACCAACGGUUGACCGGCCGGCUCGAGUCACGCUUCGGUACGGCCAUCGCCAACUGUGGCGAUCUGAACCAUGACGGGCUGGACGAUGUGGCGAUCGGUGCACCGUACGAAUCAUCCGGUACCGGCCGGGUGUAUAUACACUUUGGCACGAAGGAUGGCGCACUGUCGCCGGAACCGGUGCAAACGAUCGAUCCGGCCGAUCUGUUCACGGGCAGGUGGCAAACGUUUGGCAGCUCGCUUGCGGGCGGUCACGAUCUGGACGGUAACUCGUACCCGGAUCUGAUCGUGGGUUCGUACGCUAGCGAUCGUGUCGUUGCACUGUUCGCGCGACCGAUCAUUAACAUCCACACGUACGAGGAGCAACCGGAAGAACCGACCUUAAUCGAUCCGACGCAGAACGGUUGUGCGAGCGAUCCGAAUGCAAGCGUCACCUGCUUUUCCUUCCGUGCGUGCAGUGCCGUUGACGAUGCAUCACUAAACGACGGUGACGUGAUGGCCGAUUCCUCGCUGCAGCUGCGUUGCACCAUACAGGCAGAAACGUUCAAUAAUGAGCGGAAGUUUUCGCGCGUUUACUUCGGCAUGGAGGUGGCACCGUUGGGCAAGAACGACACGGGAAGCGGUGUGCCCGUGCCGCGCACCAAUGUGCUACGGCGACGGUUCCGGCUGGCGGUGAACGGGAAACCGGUGUGUCACGAGGUGACCGCCUAUCUGAAGGAGGGUACGCGUGACAUCCAGAACCCGAUACAGUUCCGCAUCAGCUACACGCUCGACGAGGAGCGCGAGAAUGGACGGGGCCGGGCCCGGAGUCGAAUGGAGCGUGAUUUGCCACGGUUGGAACCGAUCCUGAACCAGACCGCCGCGGAACGGACGUACCACAUGUCGUUCAAGAAGGAUUGCGGCAAGGAUGGUUUGUGCCGAUCCGCACUGUCCAUCCAGAAUGCGGCACUGGUGGGAUUGGCCCGGGGCCACGGCCAUGAAACCGGGGACGACUAUCAGCUAGUGGUUGGGCUUGAUCGUACACUUACGCUUGCGCUCACCGUCCAGAACAAAGCCGAUUCGGCGUACGAAACGCACCUUUAUGUGGCGCAUGAUUCCUCCCUAACGUACGCCGGCUCCAAGGGUUCGUCGGUUUGCGGUGCACACAAUGCAACGAUGGUCGACUGCAGUAUCGGCAACCCGUUGAAGCGUAACGGUGAGGUGCAGCUGUCGCUUCGGUUCGAUGCCCGCUCGCUGGAGGAGUACGGCUACAGCGUUGGACCGAACGGGAUCUCGCAUACCGUCCGGUUGGUAGUUUUUGUCAACACAACGUCCCGAGAUACCGGAUUGAAGACACGCACCGACCUGAACCUACACAUCCAGCGUGUGGCCAAGCUCAGCAUAAGCGGCAAAGCGCUGCCGGAACAGGUCUUCUACGGUGGUGGCGAUGCGCAAGUGAUGGGCGAGAGUGCGAUCCAUUCGCUAGAUGAAAUUGGCAUGCCAGUGGAGCACAAAUAUCAGAUAUACAACGACGGUCCUUGGCGGGCACCGAACGUACGGUUGGAGAUUGAUUGGCCGCUGCAGGUAGCGAACAACAAGCCGCAGGGCAAAUGGUUGUUGUAUCUCGAUGCACUGCCAAUGCUGGAAAUGUCCGGCGUUAUGGGUGACGGUGGCAGCCCGUGUGAGGUGCUGCCUAAAACCGAACCGGACGGUGCGGUAGUGCCGGGCAAUGCCGUCUCGCUGGUAAACCCGCUCGGUCUGCCGGAUCGGUUCAGCACCGCCGCCAGGACGUCGAUGCGUUCCAACUACACGCGAAUGUCCCGAGCGCCCCGUGUCCGGCGUGAUCGGGCGAUGGUACUGCGACCCCAGACGAGUGACGGUGCGGUACAGAUGGACUGUGCCAGCCAGACCGCCAAAUGUGUGCGGAUCGUGUGCAAAAUCCACGACCUUGGGCCGAAAGCGCACGCCCUCGUUACGAUCACGGCACGGCUGUGGAAUGCCACGCUGGUGGGUGACUAUGCGCGCGUCGACAUGGUGCGUAUCGGCUCGAGUGCCCGGUUUACGGUGGAGGGUUUGGAUGAGCUGAUGGAUCAGACGCAGCACCCGGCCAGCCUUACGGUGCGCACCGAAGCCUUCCCCGAGAUGGGACCACCGAUCGUGGCGAUGAAUGUGCCGUGGUGGAUCAUACUGCUAGCAGCGAUUGCCGGCGUGCUUGUGCUCGUCGCCGUCACGUACAUUCUGUACCAGUGCGGUUUCUUCCGCCGGAAUCGGCACACCGGUGAGGAUCCGACGCUCAGCGGUAAUCUCGAGCGGCGCCGCGAUCCGGCCGGGGGCGGCGCCUACGACGAGUUGAACGACACGAACGGCAGCGGUGGCGGUACGGCUGAGCGGAAACCGUUCCUCAGCCGACGCUCAUGAAAAACAGUCGUCGGUGACCGGGUGCGGAGCAACCACCAGACUGCAGAGCAUUCUAUUGUGCCAUUUUCUAACCCCUCCCCCUGAUAGCCCCCAUCCCAUAUACACCCCUCAGUGAUAUCGGGGAGGGAGGAUUCGUACAUUUGUUACUUAACGUGGUAAGCGCAAGGUUCGUGUUGCGUUUGGUUUGCGCAGCGCAUGCGGGUUUUAUCACAUGCGGCAAUAGCUGCAAUGAUAUCUCUCCAGCGAAAAACACGAGACACGCUGAAUGGGCUAGAAGUGUAACUAUAAUAAUUAUUAUAUUUUUUUUAUAUAAAGAUGAUGGAAUGAUGGUUAAAAAAAAACAGAAAAACACAAACCCGCAGAUCAGCGAUAGUAAGCGGAAGACGAUUUACCAGACGCGUCAUUUAACAAUUUUAGAAUAGGUCGGUAACGGGCGGGAACGUAACGAGUGGGGAAUAUGGAACAAGGGUAGAAUACUGUAGGGGUAUUUGAAGGUGUGUCUGUACCUUGCCAAACGAUUCGAAUAUAGUAUGCUUAAAAUAUGAAACGCUUCACCAUUGGAUCUUGGUGCUGUAUAGGGUUAAGAGUACUGGCAGCUAUUAAAUUUAAUAAUUUUGUUUUGCAUUUUUGUACAAUAGCACGCAGUGUGUGCGUACUUUUCAACUGACAAUAUGCGACUAUUGCCAUAGAGUCGUACAUUCGUACCAUGCGAUUUAGACGACGGAUUGGUGCGUCAGUAUUAGAACUAGAAAGACGACUAAGAGGGGGUAGUAAAGAACCCAAGCAAAAUCAUAAGUGCCUUCUUAUAUUAAUUUCACAAUGUAUUACUAUCGUUUGAAAGUGAGGAGAGUUAGUUUGUUUUAAAGUUGUACGGCCACCGUCAACGUUACCGGUGGAACAUUAUAAUGGAGGAAAGUUUUAAAGUAUGUUGAAUACGUAAUUAGUGGAAUUUAGUUGAAAUUGUACCAGAUUUUAUUCGAUUGUUUUCUGCGAGGACGCUUCCACUCUCUUCCACACACGGGUGUUAUAGGGAGUGAAAUAGGAGAUCACUUUCUUAACACACACACACACACGAUUAAACAAUAGAUGCGCCUAAAAGAAAACCAUCCAUCCUGCAUCGUAUCUCAGAGGCGUCCCAAUAGAUUUACCACUGCUAGAAUUAUACGUGACACGGUCCUUUCUUUAAACUUUCUGUUCUAAACAAUUAGUGUCCACCACCAAUAUUUUUUUUUGGUUCAAUCAAAGUGUCCUUUAUGUUACGCCUAAUGCGGCUCAUUCGUGCGGCAGCAUCGAAUAUACAGUGUUCGUAAUUAUUCCAUCCAUUAAUAAAAACAAACCUAUUUACUUUUUAGACAGCAGUA